GGAAUUGUUGUCCGGACACUUUUGACGUUACACACUCAUCCCGGCUGGUCCAAUCAGAGAGCGCGUCCCUGUGACGUAAUUCCGGACAUGAGACUAACCGACAUGGAAGCCUCCAUGCGCAUAGCUCAACUGUAAAGACAUUGACAAAUACUUUUUCUCUUUUUGUUGACGUUUUUUUAUUUAAAUAUGAGGUAUUUGCUUCAUCUGGGGCGCUCGUUUGCCCGCCUUCAUGUCCGUUUAUGUCACAGCAGUGUUUACAGCAGACAUGCUAAUCCACGAAGUCUGGAGGUGGACAUUGGGGACAAGAAGCUUGAGAUCUCUUCGGGGAGGUUUGCUAGAUUUGCUGAUGGAUCUGCUGUAGUUCGGCUGGGAGACACCUCUGUGAUGGUGACUGCUGUGAGCAAAACCAAACCAUCCCCGUCUCAGUUCAUGCCUCUUGUGGUGGACUACAGACAGAAAGCAGCUGCAGCAGGUCGAAUCCCCACUAACCAUCUGAGGCGAGAACUGGGCAUCACUGACAAUGAGAUCCUCACCAGCAGAUUAAUAGACAGAUCGAUCAGACCACUGUUCCCUGCUGGUUACUUUUAUGAUACUCAGGUCCUCUGUAACCUGCUGGCAGUUGAUGGUGUCAAUGAUCCAGAUGUGUUGGCUAUUAAUGCAGCAUCUGCUGCUCUGGCCCUGUCUGACAUCCCCUGGAAUGGACCCAUAGGUGCUGUGCGUGUGGGCAUGGUCGACGGAGAGACGGUGAUCAACCCCACUCGGACACAGAUGAAUUCCAGCAGUCUUAACCUGAUUGUGGCUGGAGCCCCCUGCAGUCAAGUGGUGAUGAUCGAGGCGUCAGCUGAGAACAUGCUGCAGCAGGACUUUUGCCACGCAGUGAAGGUGGGAGUCAAAUACACCCAGCAGAUCAUAUUUGGCAUCGAGAAGCUGGUGCGAGAAGAGAAGAUCACCAAGCGCACCCCGGUCAAGAUCUUCUCAGCCCCGGCUGUUAUGGUGGAACAUGUUCGACAAUCAGCUGCCAAGAAGAUUUAUGGUGUUUUCACUGAUUUUACUCAUGAUAAGAUUUCAAGAGAUGAAGCUAUCAACAAAAUUCGACUGGAAACUGAAGAGGAACUAAAAGAAAGAUUCCCUCAGACUGAGCAGGCUGAAAUCGUUGAAUCCUUCAACACUGUGAGCAAAGAAAUCUUCCGCAAUUUAGUGCUAAAUGAAUACAAGAGAUGUGAUGGGAGGGAGUUGACUGCUUUAAGGAACAUUUCUUGUGAUGUGGACCUCUUUAAACCGCUGCAUGGCUCGGCUCUGUUCCAGAGAGGACAAACACAGGUGCUGUCCAGUGUCACAUUUGAUUCCCUUGAAUCCAGCAUCAAAGCAGAUAUUAUCACUACAGCUUUGAGUGGCAUCAAAUCCAAAAAUUUCAUGCUUCAUUAUGAGUUCCCUCCAUAUGCAACCAAUGAAACUGGAAAGGUGGGAGGCAUGAACAGGAGAGAGCUCGGACAUGGGGCCUUGGCUGAGAAAGCUCUCCGACCAGUCAUUCCUAAAGACUUCCCUUUCACUCUCCGGGUCACUGCUGAGGUGCUGGAGUCCAACGGAUCCUCCUCAAUGGCUUCAGCGUGUGGAGCCAGCCUCGCUCUAAUGGAUGCAGGUGUGCCCAUCUCUUCUGCUGUGGCAGGUGUAGCAGUUGGCCUCAUCUCCAAAGCAAACCCAGAGAAACCUGCUGAGAUCGAAGACUACAGAUUACUGACUGAUAUUCUGGGAAUUGAAGAUUACCUUGGAGACAUGGACUUUAAAUUGGCAGGAACGAACAAGGGCAUCACUGCUUUACAGGCUGACGUGAAGAUCCCAGGUCUGCCUCUGAAGGUGGUCAUGGAGGCUAUCCAACAGGCCACAGUGGCAAAGAGGGAAAUCUUGGGCAUCAUGAACAACUGUAUAGCAAAACCCAGAGAGAGGAGGAAAGAGAAUGGACCUGUUGUUGAAAAUGUCCGAGUGCCUGUUUCCAAACGAACACGCUUUGUCGGCCCAGGGGGCUACAAUCUUCGCAAGCUACAAGCAGAAACAGGUGUAACAAUAAGUCAGGUGGACGAGGAGACUUUCUCUGUGUUCGCUCCAACACCAGCAGCCAUGUAUGAAGCCCAACAAUUCAUCAAUGAAAUCUGCAAAGAUGAUCAAGAACAUCAGCUGGAGUUUGGUGCGAUCUACACUGCCACCAUCACUGAGAUAAGGGACAUUGGCGUGAUGGUGAAACUUUAUCCCAACAUGAGUGCCGUCCUGCUGCACAACUCGCAACUGGACUACAAACGGAUCCAACAUCCAAGUGCUUUGGGUUUCGAUGUGGGGCAGCAGAUACAGGUCAAGUACUUUGGACGGGACCCAACAGACGGCAGAAUGAGACUUUCCAGGAAGGUGCUCCAUUCUCCUGCUGCAACGGUCAUCAAGACACUAAGGGAGAAACAGAGCAUCUCUAUGGGUUCAAGCAACAGCCACACGACCAACACCGAUUUGUGACACACCAACGGGUUACCUUCUGGGUUUGCCACCGAUUAACUGUUGAGAAAUCUACCAAACCAAGAGCAUCAGAUCUUGUCACAAACUGAUUCAAUUGCUGUACAUGUGGGUAUGGAGGUGAUUAAAGUGCACUGGAGUGAGCUGCAGCUUCUCCAACACAGCGUCCUGCUGCUUCAGUGGACAGACUGAGAAGAACAGUGAGCAGGAGACACGUGUUUUCAAAAAAUGAUGAAUCUGUUUCAUGUUAAAGUAUCCCCCCCCCCCCCCCCCACCACCACCUGUGUGAUAAUGCUAUGUGCAAUGUCCUCUAAGCUGCCAGGAUCAAGAUAUGGACAGGAGAGUGUACACUUUUUUUGUAUUCUCUUUAUGUUAGGUUACAUUUUCAGUAUACUGUUAGUCAGUCAUUUAAAUAAAUGUUAGCCAUUUCAAGCUUAAAAUAAUAACAAAUACCACUCACGCAUAAAGGAACCAGACUUUAAUGUAACCUGGCAUCAGAUGUCAAAAAAAUCCUCACUUAAGUGCCACAAAUUGUACUUGGAGAUAAAAAGGUUGAUACAACCAAUCAAAACAGUGAAAAAACUAGGUUUCACAUGAGUUACAAGAUAGGAUUAAGAAGAAAAAAAUACAGUAUAAUAAAAAGGGAUUAUUGAAAAAAAAAAAGAAUAAUAGAAGAUAUAAUAAAUUGUUCCCAGUUGUCCCCACUUGUGACCAGGCAGUGGUGUACACUGUGUGGACUAUGCCUUUUUGUUUAACCAUUGUAACAUCAGCACUGCAAUUAUUGUUUCGGUGGCUCAAAUUUGGAAAUACACAAGGACCUCAUCACAUCUCUCUGGCCCUUUAAAGAUGACAUGUGUAGACCUCAGACAGUUAUCCACACCCACAGACUGUGUAGCCCUGAGGCUCAGAAAACACCAUGUCAGGAGCUGCUGUGUCACACUCUGACUGGAUUUGGUGAUUUAUGUGAAAGUUAAUUGUUCACUUAAAUAAGAAGGCAAUUGUUUGGACUCUGGCAGACUUUGUAGUUGCUUUUAUAACUCCUAGCACUAAUCUUGUGACAGAAAUAUGUACCAAACGAAGACUGAAUGUCUAUGGACAACUGAGUUGAUCUCAAUACAAUUAAUUAAUCUCUGUUAAUGAAUACACACAUUCAUUAAGCCCUCUUUAUUAAAGUAAAGUACAGUGCAGUACGAACUGCAGCAUGGACUAUUUUUCCUAGGCUGGAGGACAUUUGGGAUGCUUAUUAUCUGAACUAUUAAACUGAGGUUGUAUUGAUAU